AUGCCUGCUGCGGUAGCACAAGACGCUGAUGUGACUAUGGAGACCGGCAACACUCCCAAGAAAGAAGAGCCUGAGGGUCCUCUCACCCAAAAGCUUCACGAAGCUGAAGCGAAGACCGAUCCAAACGAGGCCGAAGCCAUUUACCGCGCAAUCAUCGAUGCCGAGGAGCCUCCCUAUGAUCCCAUAGUACCUGCUAUUGAGGACACUAGUAAGGUGAAAGAGACGGCAAUCUUGAAACUUGCAGCUCUCCUCGUCCGGACGGGCAUCCCUGAAAAGGUGUCGGAUCUCCUCCAAACGCUGCGUCCGUUUUUCACGACCAUCCCAAAGGCGAAGACGGCAAAGAUCGUGCGCGGCCUGCUGGACUCUGCAUCGAAGGCGGAGAACGCAGAGGAGUUGCAGGUCAAGUUGUGUAAGGAGACAAUCCAAUGGUGCAGGGAUGAGAAGCGAACGUUCCUACGUCAACGAGUGGAGGGUCGAUUGGCGGCAUUAUAUCUGUCGCAUUCACGCUACGCGGAGGCGCUGAAGAUGAUCACGGAUCUGCUGCGAGAGGUGAAACGGCUGGAUGACAAGGCGCACUUGCUGGAGAUUCAGCUUGUGGAGUCGCGCAUUCACCACGCGUUGCGCAAUAUUCCAAAAGCGCGCGCGGCUCUAACUUCUGCGCGGACAACUGCGAAUGCAAUUUACGUGCCGCUGAUUCUACAGGCGGAAAUUGAUAUGCAGGCCGGGAUUAUCGCCGCGGAAGAGAAGGACUACAAGACGGCCUACUCGUACUUUUACGAAGGGUUUGAAGGGUUUAUGAGUCUUGAAGACAGCCGGGCUGUGAGUAAUUUGAAGUACAUGCUCCUGUGCAAGAUUAUGACGGGGAGUGCUUCGGAUGUGCCGGGGAUUGUGAACGGGAGCGUGGCACUGAAGUUUUCUGGGCGCGAAGUAGACGCGAUGGUAGCGGUGGCAAAAGCGCACUCGGAAAGAAGCCUGGAAUCGUUUGAAAAGACGUUGAACAAUUACAAGGCGGAGCUGUCGGACGAUCCGAUUGUGCAUGCUCAUCUGAGCUCGUUGUACGACACGCUGAAAGAGCAGAAUCUGUUGCGUCUGAUCGAGCCGUUCUCGAGAGUGGAGAUUGAGCAUGUAGCGAAGCUGAUCAACUUGGCGUUGGCAGAUGUGGAGUCUAAGCUGUCGCAAAUGAUCUUGGACAAAAAGUUGAACGGGAUUUUGGAUCAAGGGGAGGGGUGCUUAAUUGUGUAUGAUGAUCUACCGAUGUCGAAGACAUAUCAGAGUAGUUUGGACACGCUGAUUAACAUGGAUAACGUGGUCAACUCGCUUUUUGAUAAGGCUUCGACGUUGAGAUAAUAUAGAGGAAGUUAAAACGGGCAUCGGCAUUUUUUUUUGUUUGUUCUUGAGUUUUGCAUGCUAUAGGCUUGGUCGUUUUAGCCUCCCCUUGAAGGCUUUCUGUAUAGAGUCAGUUUUUGUUGUCAGAGGGAGUUUUUGUGGGAAAAUCGUAGCAUUUUUUUGUAAAAUAUUGAAAAAUA